GAGGGAUGAGCCGAGAGGAGGAGAGCAGAGGGACUUGGCCGUCAGAGGGAGUCAGGUUGCUUUUGCGAGCAGCUCGCGCCCGUGUCGCUUCUUCCCGGAACACAACGUUUGGCAGUUGCGAUAAUUCUCCCGACAGUCCGUAGACUAGUAGGUCCAGAGCUUCAUGCGUCUGGCUGGUCCACUUCUCCACAAUCUCGGCUGCCCAAUCCGCCAGUUGAUGCAUCUCAUCACCGCGUGCUUUGCGCACUCUGGAGUAAACUGUAGACCUGCAGACAACUAAACGUAAAAGUCGCCUCGGUCUGAAGAGAAAAUGUUGUGGAAGUUAGCAGAUAACGUCAAGUAUGAGGAUGACUGCGAGCAGGAGAGACAUGAUGGCAGCAGUAAUGGGAACCCCCGGUUACCCCACCUGCCCGCGGUCAGUCAGCACCUCUACAGUCCGGCUCCGUCCCUGUCGCACCCUACCGGCUCGGACUUCCAGCCGCCCUACUUCCCCCCUCCGUACCAGCCGCUGCCCUACACCCAGCCCAACGACCCCUACGCCCACCUCGGCGACCCCUUCAACAUCAACCCCAUACACCAGUCCCCAACCUCUAACCAGCAACAGGGGUGGCCCGGCCGCCAGAGCCAGGACGGGAUCGCGGGGCACGGCCGCAGCGGGCUGGCCGGGCAGAUCCUGGGUUUGGAGGGGGGGUCGUCCGGCGUGCGGAGGGACGGAUUCAGGAGACCCGAGCUCCUGCCGCCGCACAUCCACGGCAUCGAGUCGGCAAUAGGCGAGAACAUGGCAAUGCACGACAUGGGGCAUGGCCUGGACGAUGUGGAACACGUGGAUGACAGUAUUGUAAUUGCAGACCAGACAGUCAUCAAAAAAGUGACCCUCCCCAAGGGAAACCCAAUGGGUCUUCCCUUCCAGAAGGAGUCCCUGCUGGGUAUGGUGUCCAAUCCCACAGAAGUGUUCUGCUCAGUUCCUGGGCGCCUCUCUCUCCUCAGCUCCACCUCCAAAUACAAAGUGACCGUAGCUGAGGUACAGAGACGUCUGUCCCCCCCUGAGUGUCUCAACGCCUCUCUGCUUGGAGGAGUACUACGCAGGGCUAAGUCAAAGAACGGCGGACGAUCCCUCAGAGAGAAGCUGGAUAAGAUCGGGUUGAAUUUACCAGCAGGUCGCAGGAAGGCGGCUAAUGUCACAUUGCUAACAGCGCUAGUAGAAGGUGAGGCCGUGCACCUGGCCCGGGACUUUGGUUAUGUCUGCGAGACGGAGUUUCCUGCCAAGGCCGUUGCCGAGUACCUCGGGCGGCCGCACGUAGAACGCAAUGAGAUCAACUCUCGCAAGAACAUGCUCCUGGCAGCCAAACAAAUCUGCAAGGAGUUCACUGACCUUCUAACCCAGGAUCGCUCUCCGCUGGGUAACUCUCGGCCUGCGCCCAUUCUGGAGCCAGGGAUCCAGGGCUGCCUGACCCACUUCAGCCUCAUCACUCACGGCUUCGGCUCUCCGGCCAUUUGCGCUGCCAUGACCUCGCUGCAGAAUUACCUCAACGAGGCUCUCAAGCAGGUGGACAAAAUGUACCUGAGCGUGGGCGGAGACUCCUCGCAGGGCUCCUCAGAUGGAGGUAGCAAAUCCACGGACAAGAUGGACAAGCACAGAAAGUGAACUGGUGAACUGGUGAAGCUGGACUGGAUGGGAACAUUUUGAGGAGCAUGCAGGCCCUCGUGUCUCAUGGACUACACUUGACUUUGUUGCAUUUUUUGAUUUUUGUCGCUGUAGUCGUUGUUAAUGGUUCGGUUCUGCAAUAUCCGCUCGGUUUUGAUGGACGCUGGGCAUCGCUCAGUUCAGCCUGUUCCUUCCUUCCUUCCUUCCUUCAGAUCUUGGUCUUCCAGAACUCAUCCCUUCACAGUACUUCGCCUUCUUGAGUGGCCAUUGGCUGAAAUAGACGAUUACGACUAUUCGAAUCUCUUCAAAUCUCUUCGAAUUUCAGUGACAUGCACGUAGACCUGCACACCUCUACACGUCUACGGCUCAACACAAACAAUAUGGAGGCUCGUCUCUUUCAAUUCCAGAUACCAUUUCAAGAGUUUAUGUGGAAAUAUUAUUUUUGUGUGUUUUUUUUUUUUCAUGAAGAGGAAGCCCCUUUUUGUCUUCUUCCUUGGUGCUGAACCCCUGUUGAACAUGCAGAGGACAUGAGAUCUGCUGAGAUCUGGAGAACUCUUUGCUUGACUUCAUUUGGAUGCAGUGUUAUUGUAAUUCUUUUUGUCUGUGGGAGUAUUGUUAGCAUGGACGAGUGUUUUUUGUGUAUGUGUGUGUGUGUGUGUGUGUGUGUGUGUGGCUCUUCUCAAGAUCAUUAUAGUCAAUGAGUUUGACUAUGAGAUUGAAAUGACCCUGAAGGCAUUGAAGAGACACAUUUUGGGUGAAAUUCAAAUGCUGUUUCAGGGCCAGUAACUGUCUGGAAGUCUUCCUUUAGUUUCCAGCCAUUGAAAAUACAGAGCUGAACAAAUCUUGUCCAGUUAUCUGAUUAAAUCUGAUUGAUUCUAUUGAUUCAGAGAAGAUCAGACUGAUAUCAGACUGAGACAUUAGGCGUAUGCAUAUGUGUGUGUAUGUAUGUGUGUGUGUGUGUGUAUUACGUGUGAAAUUGUAUAUGUUUUCUGUAAAUAUAGUGCCUCUUUUCAUGCUUUUAGUUGAAUUGGACUAGAAAUGUUUCCACAUAUCUUGCCCUAAUUGUAAAUAUUUUCUAAUUUAUGUUGUAAUUUAAUGGGAUUUGUAAAUAUUGGUACAAUUCUGGUGUAUGGUUUAACUUUCAGACAGAUGUGUUAAACUUUUUAUAAACGGGUUAGUGUUUUUUUUUAUCAUAUAGUGGUUAGGCCCUGGGGAUGAUGAUGAUUUUCUUUUCAUAUCUGUGUAAAAGUCUUUUAAAGCUAUAGGUCAAAGAAUAAUAAUAAUAAUAAUAAAAAAACAACAACAACAAUGACACUCUU